AUGGGCACCUUCUCUUGGAAGUUGAGCGACAUUCCACUCGGAACAGAAGACGACAGCGUAUACAUUAGCUCUACUACGAUCAAAAAUGAAAAUAAAUUUGCCUGGUAUCGAUUCAUUCAGAGCGGCUAUUUUUUGGGCUGGUUCAUGAUGAUUUUAAUCACGACAAACCAUGUUAACCACUGGGUUUAUCUGACCAACUGGGGUGAAGCUCUACUCACAACUUAUUUUCUACUCGCAGCAAUCACCAAUGCUUGCUUAAAAUCAGGAGUUGGCGAAGAAAAAACAAACGUCCUCAAGAAAAUCACCUCGCUCUUUCAACACUGCUCUUUCUCCGUCAGCGUCACUCUUACAGUUGCCUACUGGGUUUUGCUAAGAACUGAGUUGGAGAAACCACGCAACUGGCAUACGCAUGGCAUCAAUAUGCUCUUGGUUUUUGUCGACGUCAUCGUUACUGAGGUUCCAGUGAAGAUGGCUCAUUUAAUGUACACUUUUGCUGUCUGCUGGGCUUAUUUUUCCAUGACUCUCAUCGUCUACUACAACAGCACAAACCCGAAGCACUUGGAAAUCUACGCUGACACAUUAGAUUGGGGAAAUCUUCCCGUAAAAUCAUGCAUUCUUGGUUUUGGUCUCAUUCUCCUUGUCAUCCCGCUGUUUCACACUCUUCUCGUCGCACUGACCAAACUUCGAAAGAAAAACAACAAGGAGUAA